UUUCGUCCUGUUUGGAUGUUUUAAAAAAUUCUGUCCUUGUAAAAUAAAGUCAAAACUUAACACAAAACCAAACCCACCGGUAUUAACAUGCUCUUUUGUGUCUUUUAAACCCAAAACAAGUUAAACCUUUAUCUUCCAAAAAUCUAUACCAUCUACCUUUGAGUAUACCUUUACCGUUAUGUCUCCUCUUAACCGACUAGUUCAUGCAGUGAUUAUUUGUUCGAUUGGCUUUCUAAUGCCUUGUGCUGAAUGUGAAUAUUUUAUGUCCAAUUUGACAACAACUCAGCAAAGUAGUAGCAGUAGCAGUGAUAGUAGUGAUAAUGAAUUCGAUGUUACAACCGAAGUUAGAUGCGGUGAAAUACAAAAGAUGACAGACGUUUGUUUCAAGGAUUUACCACCCGAGUUAAUGGAAUUUUUGACGACGACGAAAAUUGCAGUCAACAAGGAUGAAAUUGUCUCAAAGUGCACAGUUUUUAAAAGAGGAAUGGUAUGCUUUGAUCGUUAUACGGAGCGAUGUCUUUCCAAGAAAAAUAAUUUCUAUUUACAAAAUAAUGUUGCUGGCGCAAGGAAAUUUCUUAAGAAAUUUUGUGACGAUAGAAAAUUUCAAACAGAAUAUAACCGACACAAAGAGUGCUUUUCUCAUAUUCAAGAAGACUGGAAAAAAUGUACAAAAGAUUUUCAAAAAAUUCUCACCGACGAAUUACACGAACGAAGCCAUCCAAAGAACAUGACUAACAAAUUUAUGCAAUUUUGCUGUGCUCGACAUGCUUAUGAGAAUUGCAUCUACAACAGUGCACGUUUUAAAUGCUACAAGAAUUCGGCAAAAUUCGCUAGGGAUACAGCAAAAAUGCUUUCGGAGGAGAAACUUUUUACAAAUUGCAGAAAAUUUGAAAAUUUACUAUGUGCAGCUGUUGGACAGCAUGGAAAUCGAUAUGUACUUUUUCUUAUGGUUGCUUCUCUGGUAGCAGUAAUUUGGCGAAGUGAUAUACAUUAUAAUUAAUUAACAUAAUUAAGAAAUUAAAAAAAAAAAAUAUAAAUAUAAACUUUUUACAAUAAUUAAUUUAAGAAAGAAAGAAAAUAAGGAAAAUAUAAAUUUAUUGUUGGAUACAAAUACUUUUUUUAUGUGAUAGUUAAAGUAAAGAAUUGGUUUUCAAUUAAAAGAUAAAAUUGAAUAAAUG